AUGACUUUAUUAAAUAACGAUAUUUUGAAAACAAUUAAAGAUAACUGUUUCCAGAUAAGUUGCACUACACCUAUAGUUUAUAUACAAAAUAGCAUUGAAAUAUACUGUGGUAAGCAGCAAAACCAUGGUGCAAGUGGUUCAGAAAAUGUAUAUAUUAAAAUUGAAAAUAUGAAAAACAACAACAGCAUCGCUGAUAGUGGGGCUAUCCUAAAAAAAUACAAUAGCAGCCUCAUGGAUGCUGAAUUAUUAGCCAAAUUAAAUAAAGAAAUAUUUACCACCUUCAAUACUAAUAUUUAUGAUAAUGGCGACACUAAUGAUAAAAAAAUUAGAAUUCUUUUAGAAACUACUGAUGUUCAACAAUGUUAUAAAAUACUGAUUUAUAAAAACAUACUUCCCGCAGAUAUAAUAGACGGCACCUGUAAUAUUAAUUAUAAUAUCAUCAAUAAUGAUACCGGCAAAAAAGAUGUUGAAAUACCCCCCAUUAUUAUACAGCAUGAUUUAACUAGUAUGGUGUCUACUGUUGGUGAUAAGAAAACCAAUCACAAAAGUGGCAAUAUUUCUUCUCCCUCCCCUAUCGCUAAUACCAAUUCAGAAAACAUACAAAGAAGGUUUAGCGGCAAUUCAUUAACAAAUGAAGGUGAUGAUUAUUUUGCUGUAUGCAGCGAUAAUGAGAACCCAAAAUACAACUUUGAUGUUUCCCAUCAUAUAAAAACAAACGAAUACAAUGAUAAUGAUACAGAUAAUACAACUAGCAUAGAUACACAUAUCAAAUGGAACAUUCAAGAUGAAGGGAGAAAAGACAUGAGAAAAAGAAAUAAAUCUAAUAGCAUAACUGGUGAUUCUACAACUUCUGUCAAUGAUUCUAAUGCAAAUACGAAAAAGUUAUUGGUUUCUAAAAACCCAGUAUUUAGUUUGAAAUGUCAUGAAAAGUAUAAGACCUUACCUGGCAGUCCAAUGCCAAGGGUUAUAAUUAAUAAUGAUGGGGAGGAUGAGGGGGAUGAUGAUGAAGAUGAUGAUGAUGAAGAUGAUGAUGAUGAAGAUGAUGAUGAUGAUGAUGAUGAAGAUGAUGAUGACGAUGAUGACGAUAAUGACGAUGAUGACGAUGAUGACGAUGAAGCCGAAGAUGAAGAUGAGAUAAAUACACCAAAUACAUCCAGCUUUAAUAUUUCUAAUAAUACUGUCUUGACACCAUCUACCAAGUUUAUCUCACCAGGUGUUUUUAUUUCUGAAUUUCCUCGUCGCCAUAAACCUAUUUCGCAAUCGUUACAACUACCCAGGGAAAAACAUAUUGGCGAACUAACCAAUUCUACCCACACUGCAACUCUUAAUCAUAGUGUCGCUUCUGAUAAUAUCACAUCCCCUGUUACUAAGCGUAAUUUGAAAUUUCCAAGAACACCAAUACCUAAAAUUCACAAAUGUAUUGACAAUAAAGUUACCACAUCAUCGGACAUUAGCACUAAUAGUUCUACUGUCCCGAAUAUUGAUGAUACCUCUGUCUUUAAAAAGAUUGAUUUAGAUUUAAAUCAAAGUGUUGUUUUGAAUAGACGUAAAGUGAAACAAAAUAAUGUAGUGCAUGCAUGA